AGAAGGCAGCAGCUGCAGGGACUCUCAGUGAUACAGAGUAUCACCCAUCCAUCCUCCUGGAUCUAUGGGGAUGUCUACAGGGGAGCAGCUGAGCUCACAGGCUGGGGGCCACAGGGGCUCACUCAGCACUAUUCCUGCAUGAAGCCACCCUUUCUGAAGAGCUGAUGUGCAACUGGAUCCGGGGGUCCCAGGGCUGUCCAUUGAUGAGAAGUCUUUAAAGGCACAAGCUGGAUUUUGGUGUUUGGGGGGUUGUUUCUGAAGGAGACUUGCGCUGAGAUCCCUGUGAGGGUGGGUCCUGGAUUGGGGUGCAGAAGGCAAGAUGUGGCAGCUGUGGAAGGACCCUGAAUGAUGCCCCUAUGGAUGCCACCCCUGUGUCCCCACUGAGAAGAAGACUUCUACUGCCCCUGUGCACCAUGCUCUUCCUCUGCCUCUACAUGCUGUACUCCUGUGCCGGAUCCUGCGCCUCCCUCCCCGGCUCCUCUGCCCCUAGGCAGCCCGGGCUGCUCUCCCAGCUCCUGCUCAGACCCGAGCCCAGGGGCCCCACAGAGGAAGGAAGCCCCAUCUCCACCUUCUACAACGGCUCUGGGAGCAAGAAGCUUCCCCAAGCCAUAAUUAUUGGGGUGAAGAAAGGAGGCACCCGGGCUCUGCUGGAGUUCCUGAGGGUGCACCCCGACAUCAGGGCGGUGGGAGCGGAACCCCACUUCUUUGAUCGGAACUACGACAAGGGACUGGAGUGGUACAGGGAAUUGAUGCCGAGGACUCUGGACGGUCAGAUAACGAUGGAGAAGACUCCCAGCUAUUUUGUCACCAAGGAGGCUCCAGCCAGAAUCUCCGGCAUGUCCAAGGACGCCAAGUUGAUUGUGGUGGUGAGAGACCCAGUGACCAGAGUUAUAUCCGACUACACCCAGACGUUGUCCAAACGGCCCGAUAUCCCUACGUUCGAGGCUUUAACUUUCAAAAACAGGACUACGGGUCUCAUCGACACAACGUGGAGCGCCAUUCAGAUAGGGAUUUACGCCAAGCACUUGGAGAACUGGCUCCAGUACUUUCCCAUGAGCCAAAUCCUCUUUGUAAGUGGGGAGAGACUGAUCACGGACCCGGCCGGGGAACUUGGGCGCGUCCAGGACUUUCUAGGACUCAAGAGGAUUAUUACUGACAAACAUUUUUAUUUCAACAAGACAAAGGGCUUCCCGUGUUUAAAAAAGGCAGAGGGGAGCAGCAAGCCCCACUGUCUGGGCAAAACGAAGGGUAGGACUCACCCCAACAUCAACCCCGAAGUGGUCAAAAGAUUACGAGAAUUCUACAGACCCUUCAAUAUGAAGUUCUACCAGAUGACCGGACAUGAUUUUGGCUGGGACUGAAACCUUUUCAAAGCUCUAGUAUUAUGUGAAGUGGAAACGCAUAUUUAUGU